AUGGCACAUUUCGUCCUGACACCGAAGUGGCUUGGAAUGCUACGUGCGACUCGCGCUGCUACGGCAAGGGAGCCGACCGCGCCGCAACAAACAGAGUACGAAAGCAAGGCAAACGACGAGGACAUGGAACAUGACCCCACCCACUACACAAGCGACAGCUCUGAAGACAAAUCUGGCAGCAAUGCCGAGCCUGAGAUGCCUGCGGGCGAUAUCAUCUGGAAACACGUCGCCGAUAAGGCCACUUUCCUGGCCACACAAGCCAAAGAUGCUGUGACCGAAGCUGUCAAUAAAGUCAGGGAACUUGGCUUCAUCGGUACGGCAAAGGCAAUCGGCGAAUGGAUCAAGCUACACCCAUGGGAGACCGCGCUGAUAGUGGUGCCUCUCGUCGCGCUCAUCGCCACAGCUAUAGCGCUCUCGGCUACGGGAUUUGGACCAGCUGGAAUCGUCGCUGGCAGUACAGCAGCGAUCAUCCAGGCGGGUAUCGGCAACGUCGUCGCUGGUUCGAUCUUUGCGACUUGCACCAGCGCUAUGAUGGGCGGAUCUGGAGCUCUGAUAGUGUUUGGAGGAGUAUAG